AUGGCUCUGUCCCUCGGAGCGGGGGAGGGGGACAGGGAUAGGGCCCUAGUGGCAGCGAGCGCAGCUGGUCGCAGGAGAGUCGUACGGCUGCUGCUGGCGAAUGGCGCGGAUCCAGAGGCCGCAGAGGCGUACGGCUACUCCGCGCUGUACGAGGCGGCGCGCAACGGCAAUACCGACGUCGUCGAAGUGCUGCUUGACGCGGGAGCUCGCAUUGAUGGCGCAACCGCUGCAGCUGCUGCUAUGCCGUACGAAGGAAGGAUUCCAUCGAUGUUCGGGUCUUGGAGUGUCCCGCGGCCCAGCGCGGCGCCGCCGCCCGCCAACCCCCACUCCGAUCCAGACCCUGGGAAGUUACGGCCGACCGCGAUUAGUGGCGGCGGCGGUGGCGGCAACGUUAAUCUUCCUGGAGCGGUCGCCCCGUAUCCGCCUCCGCUGCGCGCUCCUUUUCCGCUGGCAGCAGGUAUGAUAUCUGGCGAUGGUGACGGCGGCGGUGGCGGAUCCCCAGCGGCAGGCUUGGUUGUGCCGGCGCCGAAGGUGUUCGAUCCGGAAGAAUUUUACCGUGACAGUGAUAGCGGCGGCGGUGGUGGAGCCGCCGUUGCGACUCCGCGGCGCUGGGACGAGUAUCCGAAGACGCCGACCGCCACUGCGGCCGCCGCUGCCGCAAAAGCAUGGGACAGUGAUGACGACGACGAUGAUGAUGAUGACGAUGAUGAAGGAGCGGGUGGCGCCGGUGCCGGCAAAGCUGGCGGUGCCUUCGCUGGGAGCGGGACCAUUGCCGGUGAUACCGGGGUCAGCGGUGCCGGCGGUCCUCGCACUUCUGUUCAGGUCGGCGGCCUCAACGGCGUGGUACCGCUUCCUCCGCGGUUGCCGCCGCCGCUGCCCCGGCGGAAGCAGCCGUUGCCGCUGCCACCCAACUUGGCUGCCCUGCCGCUGAUGCCAUCCCUUACGUAUGGGGCGCCGCCGCCACUGCCGCCGCCACUGAUGCUCCUGUUGGCCGGGCCGGGGGAGCGCAGUAUAUCCCCCCGCCGCAGCGGCCCAUCGCCGCUGCUGGCGGCGAUACAAGGUGGCCAUGCGGCUACUGUCGCGUUGCUGCUGCACCGCGGCGCCAAGGUCGACACCGACGGCGGCGCGGAGCUGCUGGCGGCGGCGCACCCGCAAAUAGUGGAUGGGCUGAUGGCUGCCGUACCCGGCCUUUCCGCACACCUCGGCCCGGCACUGCUGGCUGCUGCGUCGAGCAACAGGGUCAAUGUGGUCAGCGCGCUGCUCCGUCACGGCGCCGACCCGACCUUCCGGGGCGGCAUGGCGCUCCAGGAAGCCGCAUUCCGGAGCCAUGUGGAUGUACUGAAGGUGCUGCUUCAGGCGGACCGAGAUCGGCUGCGGGACAUCGGCGCGGUGGAGGCUGCACUGAAGUGGGCCCGCUGCUUUGGCCGCAUGGAGGUCCUGAAGCUCCUGGGGGGCCUCCCCUUCAGGUCCACUGAGCUGCCGGGUUCCGGAGCUGCUGACCCAGGUCCCGGCCAUACGUAG